AUUUUGCACGAAAAACAUUUGCCUUCGUACCAAACACACUCUUAAUUUUUGUUUCUAAGCUCCCAAGCAAGCUUUAUUUUGUGUAAAGAACUAGACUUCAAUUGCCAUUUGCGCUCGACUUUAAAUUUUGGCUUUCUAACUUUAAACCCAAGACUUUUACUCCUGUUUGUAUUUUCAUUGUUUUGGCUCCAGAAAAUGUUUAUAAGAAAGGCUUUUGCUUAUAUCUGAUUUGCACAACUUGAAGACGGUGGGAUAAAAUACAGAAACAUAGUUAAGGUUUUAGGUUAGGGUUUCGUGAAAAUGGAUAAAAAGAAAGUGGCAGUGCCAUUGGUUUGCCAUGGUCAUUCACGUCCAGUGGUUGACUUGUUCUAUAGCCCAGUUACCUCUGAUGGGUUCUUCCUCAUUAGCGCCAGCAAAGAUUCCAGCCCAAUGCUUAGAAAUGGUGAUACUGGAGAUUGGAUUGGAACAUUUGAAGGACAUAAAGGAGCAGUAUGGAGUUGCUGCUUGGACACAAAUGCAGUGCGUGCUGCAUCUGGCUCUGCUGACUUCUCUGCAAAAAUUUGGGAUGCGUUAACUGGGGAUGAACUGCAUUCUUUUGUGCAUAAGCACAUUGUUCGAGCCUGUGCUUUCUCCGAGGAUACUAAUUUUCUACUUACUGGUGGAGUGGAGAAAGUUUUGCGCCUAUAUGAUAUGAAUCGCCCUGAUGCAGCUCCUCGAGAAAUGGCUAAGACUCCUGGAUCAGUCAGAGCUGUUACAUGGCUUCACAGCGAUCAAACAAUUUUAAGUUCCUGUACUGACAGUGGAGGUGUUAGACUGUGGGAUGUGAGAACUGGGGAUAUAGUUCGUACGCUUGAGACAAAGUCCCCUGUGACUAGUGCUGAAGUGAGUCAAGAUGGUCGUUACAUUACAACUUGUGACGGAUUCAGUGUCAAGUUUUGGGAUGCAAAUCACUUUGGAUUGGUGAAGAGCUACAACAUGCCAUGCACUGUAGAAUCAGCUUCAUUGGAACCAAAAUAUGGGCUCAAAUUUGUUGCCGGAGGAGAAGACAUGUGGAUUCGUGUAUUUAAUUUCCACACUGGUGAAGAGCUUGCAUGCAACAAGGGGCAUCAUGGUCCUGUACACUGUGUCCGAUUUGCUCCUAGUGGAGAAUCAUAUGCUUCAGGAUCUGAAGAUGGAACAAUCAGAAUAUGGCAAACAGGGCCUCUGACAAAUGAUGAUGUUGAUAUGACAACAAACGGAAAAGCGAAGGUUUCUGCAGAGGAGGUUUCACGCAAAAUUGAGGGCUUCCAGAUCUCAGACGAGAGGAAAAUCAAGGAGGAGGAUCUAGCUGAUUUGGUGGCAUGUUAACUAGUUUAUCAUGUAAUAUUAGUAUCAUCUGUGAGCUAGUUCCAUUUGGAUCUUUGCCCCUUAUUUUUGGAUCGUUUUCAUAGAGUAGGCUUUUGGUUGUUUUUCAAAUUUAGAUUACUGGUAUUUCACUAUUUUUGGACUUGAUGUGCUAACAUCUUAGCUUGUUUUGGAACAUUGUUGUUUGAUAUCAUCAAGACAGGUCAGGUCGGAUACACCUAUAACAAAGUGCAUGUUUCGCUCA